AUAGCUUCUUAGCUGAUUCUAUUUCUUCAGCAGAGCAAUAUAAUAUAUUCCACCAAUUUAUAGGCAAUUGGGAGCUCCGUGUAGAUCUCCAGGACUUUGAAAACACAAAGUCCUAUGCUAAAUACGCAUCUUUCAAAAUCAUGGGAGAGAAUGAGAAGUACAAGUUGCUACUUGGAGCCUUCAAGGAUGGUAAUGCGGGAGAUUCCAUGGGUUAUCACAAUAAUAUGCAGUUCAGCACUAUGGAGCAAGACAAUGAUAUCAAUGCAGAAUCAAACUGUGUCACAUUGUACAAAGGCGCCUGGUGGCAUGGAAGUUGUCACCAUUCAAACCUGAACGGUCUGUAUCAUCUGGGACAGCAUAGCAGCUUCGCAGAUGGCAUAAACUGGAACACUGGCAAGGGAUACAACUACUCUUACAAAUAUGCUGAAAUGAAGAUACUGCCUGUAACAGAGCAGAGGAAGUAGAAAAUCAUAAAAAAAGAAAAAAUGUUUUCCUCUUCUGCCGGAAGUCCAGUCUGCCAACUAUUAAACCUACGUGCGGACUUCCUUAAAACUUUAUUCCCUUUAAUAAAUACUUAUACCACAUUACACAUAUGAAUGAAUCAUAUUGUCUCUUGAAACUGGUGGUUAUUUUAUGUGUUAUUUCAGCAAAAUACAUUCAAGGUUAGAACAUUGGCGCAAACUGCAGAGUUAUGUGUAGACGGUAGAGGCGUCACCAGGGCUGGAACAUUUGAAAUACAAGGGAAGUCAUUGUAAUUUUUCUGUAUUUUCACUAAUAAUCUGGCUUGCAGAGCAGCCAUUUUUUACUUAUUGUGAAUAUUUGCUAUGUCAAUGCGACCAAGGUCCAAGUGUUGUAAGAGCAAAACAGAUCUGUUACAUUUGGUGAGAUAUAUCAGAGAGACUACUAUAAAACUGUGAGAGAAUUUCAACUACUCCCAAGGAACGCCCCUGCCCAGAUAACUCACUACUACUAGUUAUACACUGGAAAAAAAUUACAAAGUACAAUUUAAACUUUAUACUUUGAGAAUUUCUACUUUAUACUUCAAAUAUGAUUUGUACUUUGUAUAUUCGAAAUUAUGAAUUUUGCUUUGUAUUAUAAAAUUAUGUUUUUUU